AAUUGUUGCAAAUAAUUAAGAGCUGGACGCAACAAUUGCCAGCAAGGCAUAUAUUUGCGUUCCGAUCUCUCAGAAAAAAUCUUUUUGAUUAUUUGUUGUCUAAUGCAGUAGUAUUUUUUUUUGCAAUUUCGAUUGCAUUGAUCUUCCUGGCAGGCGCUCUUGAUACAACUCAAUGAGUUAUCGAAGGGAUCAUCGAACUGCCAGGUCUGCUCUCUUUGAUAAUUAUGAUAGUAUUGAGGAAGGUGGUAUUAGGGCUACACGUUCUUACUCCCAUGACAUUGAUGAACACGAUAAUGAUAAAGCCGUGGACAAGCUACAAGACAGAGUCAGCUUUCUAAAGAAGUUAACUGGUGACAUACAUGAGGAGGUGGAAAGUCACAAUCGAGUCCUUGACAAAAUGGGGAAUGAGAUGGAUUCAUCAAGAGGAAUCAUGUCAAGGACCAUGGACCGCUUCAAGAUGGUGUUUGAGAAGAAAGCACACCGGAAAACAUGCAAGCUUGUUGGGUGGUUUGUGGUUUCCUUCUUUUUGAUAUACUAUAUUUUUAGGCUUCUCAUGUAUUCUAUGCACAGUUGAAAGAGGAGCUAACUAACCUGUUAUAUCUGAGUUCGAAUUUUGCCAUUGAAGGUAGGAACAUAGUGUUGCAGGCAAUUGACCACUUCGAUCAAAUACAUGAAGUUUGAGAUGCCAUUUUUGUUGCAAAAAUGGCAUCUCGAUAUGCCUCAACUUGAGUGUCUAAAUUGCAAAAUGAUUUUCAAUGUGGUGAGUGUCAACUGAUGUUCAGUGUCUAUAAUGGUUGGGUGCGGUUUUCCCUUUUGUCAUUCAUGAACCAAUGUUGUACACCAAGGUGUCAUUCAACAUGGAACAUUCAACGUUACCAGUUACCAGUUUUUAUGAAUCUAGUUCAAAUAAUGGUAGGUCGUGGAAUAAAAACAAUAUAAAUUGUUGACUAAAUGCAAUGGCGGUGAAUGGAAUGGCGAAAGUAGUAAACCAAGAAACCCAAAUGGCAAAGACUACUGGGAGCAAAGAGAAUGGAGACAAGUAUAGUAGUAUUCACUUGGGACUUAUUUCAAUUCAAGUUUAUACGUUUUAUUAAUUAUAAAAUGUAUGUUGAAAUAUAAAGUUUUGAGCUCAACAAUAUAAAAAUCUGAAGC